CAAUCACCUAUUAAACAAACACAUGAUGUUGUCUAGAACAUUUAGAGCUGGUUUGACAGUCAAGAACUCGGUAAGAUCCUUAUCUUCGACUACCAAGACGUUGUCUUCGUAUGACCAACCGGAUUUCUCCAGUUAUUUACACAACAGAAGUGAGAGCACUAACAGAAACUUUGCCUACUUCAUGGUUGGUUCAAUGGGUUUAUUAUCCGCUGCUGGAGCUAAAUCCACCGUGGAGACUUUUUUGUCAUCUAUGGCUGCUUCUGCUGAUGUGUUGGCUAUGGCCAAAGUUGAAGUGAAGUUGGGAGCUAUUCCAGAGGGUAAGAAUGUUAUUGUCAAAUGGCAAGGUAAGCCAGUCUUCAUCAGACACAGAACUGCCAGUGAAAUUGAUGAGGCUAAUGCUGUGGAAAUCAACGGAUUGAGAGACCCUCAAGCUGAUGCUGACCGUGUCAAGAAGCCUGAGUGGUUGAUUAUGUUGGGUAUUUGUACUCACUUGGGUUGUGUGCCUAUUGGUGAAUCUGGUGAUUUUGGUGGUUGGUUCUGUCCAUGUCACGGUUCUCAUUAUGAUAUAUCCGGUAGAAUCAGAAAGGGACCUGCUCCAUUGAACUUGGAAAUUCCAGAAUACGACUUCACUGACGAAGAGACCUUACUUGUUGGUUAAACCAAAGUAUGUUCCAAUGUCCCAUGAUGAAGCAAACAAGUUCCUAAAGCAUCGAUAGAAUAAUUCCUUAUUUAUAUACUGCUUGAAAAUUAUCGAAUCAAGUUAACAGUUAUUCUGAAAAACAAUUUUACCUUCAAAUAGUUAAAAUAUAUAAUGCAUUAAAGCUGGUUAUUGUU